AUGUCAGCUUCACUAGCUCCAGAAUGCAACGAAGUCAAGGAGUAUGUUUGUUUCUACCAGUUCAAGGCUCGAUCAACUAAUGUGCUUAGGCGUUAUGAUACGUGCUUCUUGAAAUGGUACAGUGAGAAAUAUCUUCGAGGACAAGAAAAGGACAAUAAGGAGUGUGCAGACAUGUUUAAAGAAUACCAAACAUGUCUCAAGGUUGCACUGAAGGAUAGAGGUGUGGAUAAACUGGUGCAAGAGGCUCGUGAGGAGAAUAAAGAGAACGAUUUGAAACAUCUCGGGAAUAAUAUGCAUCAUAUGCUGGCGAGCAUGGCGUUCCGGUGA